CCCUUCCAUCACUUGCAUGCUUUGCUAUUCCUCCUUCCAAACUCCACAUAAAAUUACUUCCUCAUUUUUUCUCUCUACUCAAGUAUCUUUCUUCCAAACCAAACCAAUCUUGUUUCAUUCUCAGUUUAAAUAAAUAUCACAUAUAAACACUUCUUUUAAUAAAUUCAAACUAGCAUUCAUUUGAUCAUAUCAACCUUGAUAGCUUCCUUGGUUCCACCUCUAAACAUUUCAACCAUAGUACCAAACUAGGGUAUUGUAUUUCUAUUACCAAAACUACAACCGCAACCGCAAUUUAAGAUGAGAGUUUCAGCUCAGAGCAACUCUGAGACUGAGACCAACUCAUCUUUAUUGUCAUCAUCAUUAUCAUUGUUGUCACAGCCGAAAGGCGGAGAACAUAAGACGGAGAAGCGGAACCGCGACUCCAACAAGCACCCAGUGUACCGCGGGGUGCGCAUGCGGAACUGGGGGAAGUGGGUGUCGGAAAUCCGGGAGCCGCGGAAGAAGUCGCGUAUAUGGUUGGGCACGUUUCCCACGCCGGAAAUGGCGGCGAGAGCGCAUGACGUGGCAGCUCUCAGCAUAAAGGGGAGCGGCGCCAUCCUCAACUUCCCCGAACUCGCGUCCUCGCUUCCUCGUCCCGCGUCGCUCGCCCCUCGCGACGUGCAAGCUGCGGCGACCAGAGCCGCGCACAUGGACUUCUCCUCCUCCUCCUCGUCCUCCUCCUCCUCGUUCAUUUCCUCGUCUUCAUCGUCAUUGUCGUCUCUUGUUUCCGCCGCGGACUUGUCCACCGCGUCGGAGGAGCUGAGCGAGAUCAUCGAGUUGCCCAGGCUGGAAACGAGUUACGAGCUGGGGAACGAGUUCGUGUUCGUGGACUCGCAGGACACGUGGAUGUAUCAGCCACCGUUGACGCCCUGGCUGCAAACUGCAAACUGUGAUGAAAAUGAGUUUGCUGUGACCGAGAGUGGGGUUGCGACUAGUUUUGAGAGUUUUCUGUGGGACUACUAAGAUUUCUUUCUUGGCUUCUUUUUCUCUCCUUUUUUUGGGAUGCUUUUUGUGAUUUGACAAAAUUCAAGUGGAGUAUUAAGACGUGGGGCAUGGACGUGGAUGUCGUACUCUUAAUCGAUUAAAAUGAGUAUUAAAAUUAUAAUUCACUUCUUGUCGAUGUUAAAUAAGAAAGUCACAAUUUACAAGUUCAA